CUUAUUGAGAUAACUAUCUACUAUCGCCAAUUGAUCAAGUAAAGUUGAAGGUAAAGAAAUUCCUUCGUUAACUUAAUUCGUUUAUGUCGUAUCGCUAAACUCUUACCGAAAGACUCACAAGGAAAACAGUAGAACACGCGAAUUAUUAGAUAAAGUUUGUGUAUUACUUAAAUUUUGGCAGUAGAUUUUAAAGUUUUGAACCAAACAUUUGAUUUCAGAAGGUACCUGUGAUGUCCAGCGAGCUGCUGCUUUAUCUUGAUUUGAUCCUCAUAAUAAGUUUGGCAAUGUUUUGCCAAACUUUGAAGCAAUGCCAUCCGUCUACAUACUCAGUGUACGGUCAUUACCUCUCUCGUCAUGAAGUAUUGACAACCGUUUCUUCCAGUUUCUCCGAGUGUGUUACGAUUUGCUCUAUUUACAUCCGCUGUAGAAGUUUGAACUUUCGCCUGGGGGGCAAGUCAUGUGAGUUAAAUGACUCAGACCAAUAUACUCAUCCUGAGGAUUAUGGACCGAGGGCAGGAUCUGUGUACAUGGACACUCCUAAUGGACACAGAAAUGUUCAAGUAGGAAUUGUGACAUUUUAUCAAAUCUGACAGGGGUCCAAUUAGUAUGUGGCUCGCCAGGAGUUAUCAAACGGCCAUAAAGAGAUUAACAGAAAAAAAAGACUUUUAUUCUGAGUUUUUAAAGAGCGACCAGGGUGACAAGUUGCGUUAAUAUAACCUUUUACGAGCUCUGCAAAAUCAUUUGAAACAAUAUUAGCGGACGGUCAUAUGACAGUGUAUGGCAAAGAGGUUGUUUACAUUUCUUUGCUCUUGAGAAAGAAGACAUAAGUAGAUUCCAGUGGCUUUCAACUAAAUUUUUAAACCAGUCGCGCUGAACAUAACCGUAGGUUUCUCGCAGUUGGCAUCAUUUGAAUAUAAACAGUCGUAACUGGUUCUUAGAAACAACAAUGUACUUAAUUAUCCGUUAAGUUUUUUUUCGGCAGAGAAACGAGUGCGUUUUAAAAAUUGCGAUGAUAGCUCAGCUAGGAUAUUUGAUUGUCUAACUUUGUAAUUAUUUAGUGAUGUGGUCAUUACUUUUCGUGGAGGUAGUCAUGAUAUCACGGCGGCCGGUGGAGCCUAUAAAUUAAACGUGAUACAAAUAGGCAUAUUAUUAUAGUUUGUUUUUCUUUUUUAACUCUUUCCUUCCAAUAGAAAAUUGGCUUCAAGUCCUGCGGAGAAAUACACCAGGAAUGGCCUCAGGUAAACAGCGGAUAUUUUUGGAUAAAAAUCGGAGACAGAGACGCACAAGUGUAUUGCGAUAUGGAAAAUUAUGGUAGGUAAAGGAAGCGUGUAAUUAAUAUAAGAAAGUGGCUAAAAAAUUCCAAGAGAUUCACUUUCCGAAAUAGGAGAAAAUAUUCGAUCACAAGCAACCGAGUCGGUACAUCUUUUAAUGCUAAAAAUGUUUGAUCUUCAGGUGGAGGCUGGACCUUAGUUGUGAGUAUCAGUUCUAAGAAUAACGAUCAUCUUCAGAGAACUGCUAACAACUGUCUCAACUCCAUAUUGUGUGUGCCUUUUUCGGACAAGAAUAUCACAAGCCGGAAACUGGGCGACGAGGACUUACAUAAAAUGACAAAGACAGAAGGUAAAGGUAGUGACCCACUUCAUGCCAAAGUUUUGAAGAUUCUCAUGAUAUUAAAUUUCCUUAAAUGCUAUUUUCCUAUAGAAAUGCUAGAAGGGAAUGUUAGAGAAGAAGGAAAAAUAAUUAGACCUUAUUUUUCCUUGUCGAAAACUAAUGCAAAACUGUAUGGAAACCAAAAAAUGAUAUGAGUGACUAUUAAGAAAAAAAAUCAGACCAAAAAAAUAAAGGAUUAAAAACCGAAGCUUAUAUAAAUUUACGAGCACGAUUUCGUAAUUUCUCUCAUUUUACUGUUCUUUUAAUAUUGUAAAACAGCUACAGAUUGUGGUCUGCUUGUGGUUUAUGUACAGAAAUAUAGAGCCACACUACUGAUUGUUACAUAGUACAUUUAACAUGAAAAACACGAGAAUAGAGAUUCUAUAAACCACACCGACAACCCACAAUUCCUCUAUUAGCUCUGAGCCCGUCUCCUUCAGAAACUCUUUACAGUGGCUAAUUUGCAUUAUUAACUAAUUUCAUAACACCAGGUUAUCUUGUUAUACCCCCAACAGCGCAGCGCCACAGGCAUUAGCCCCUACCCCUCUCAAAACAGUUACAUUUCACUUUGUUACCGAGUUAGAAUAAGUCUGCAAGUGGCGCCAAAGCGGAAUAAGCACACCAGUUGCAAUUGCACAUGCAGCCCUUGUUCCAUUCUUUUCAGUUCUAAAACUUUACAUUUUUACAUUAACGGACACGCGCAAAAUGAAGUAUACCUUCAAUUAGGACCACAUUUAAUUUGAGAUUGAAACUAUACAUACCUCUUUUCAUAAUAUCCAUAUUUUUCCAGGAACGUUUAGAGUGGACAUAUUGAGGAAUAAUGGAAUUUUUACGACUUAUUUCCAGGUACGAAUAUAAUAUGGAAUGUUUUGAACACGAUAAAAUUGUUCUCUCUUGUCACUCUCUCGAUACAUAUUGCUUCUUUUUUCAUUCAGUCAUUGUUGUAACUGUCUCUUUGUACUAUUUUUGACCAAGAUACCCAGUGGACCGGAAAAAUUCAACUCAACCUGCAGCUGGGGAAAGUAGGUUCAAGUACUCCUUACGCUUUUUCUCCGAUUUAUACAAUAUUUAAAUUUUAGUUUGUAAAUAGCAUAAAGUUUGAUUACUUUUGUGUAGCUCGCUUGCUUUCCGCCCUCUUAGCCUCUUUGAUUUUCAGUCCCUUCGUGUUUACUCUUAUGACCUAUGGGAAUUCUAAUCAACAUUUAACUAUUAUCAAUCAUUCUUUUGUAGUUGUCCGCGAAUUAUUGUUUCUCAUUCUUACCCAUAUACUUGGGAGACGAACCACUGCACAAGUAUUGACGUGGGAUAUCACAUUGCACACAGAUGUCAUAGCGGUAAGUAAAAUCGCAAAGGGUAACUUUGUUUUUGGACAUGCAUAUGUAAUAAUAAUAGUAAUAAUAAUAAUCAUGAUUAUAACAACUAAAACAAUGAUAAUAAUAGUAAUUAUAGUUAUGGUAAUAAGCAUAACUAUCCCCUAAUCCAAAAAUAAACAAAAACAACAAAAAAAAGUAAUUGAAAAAGAAUUAAACAACAACAACAAAGCCAUUGCAAAAGGUGGAGAGGUUUAUUCAAUUCGAUGGCAAGUUUGGACUCUGAGGGUAUUAGGAAAAGACUACUUGCUUAUAUGAAUUAUGCUGUUUACUUUCCCAUAUGAUCGUUUCUUUUUCAUUCCCUUUAACAAGCAAAUCAUUAUUUUACACGGUGCUAAGCUUAUGCAACUGUGUUUUUUUUUAUUUUCUUCGAAUGGCACGAUUAUUCUGCUGUAAAUUUUCCAAAACAAAGAUGUGGGCUGUCCUAGGUCUCAGGUUGUUUAAUUUUGCUACCAUUUGGCCAGUGUUUCCGUCAUCCUGUGUUCCAAACCGUCCCCGAAAUAGUACCGAUAGCGAGAUCAAACUUGAUUAGAGAUGAUCAGAAGAAAGGUUGAGGAUUGAAACGCCGACCCAAUUUCUCUGCAAAGCACGAGGCGACAAGAGGGUCCCCUUUACCCCUUUUCGGGAAUGGUAUGUUAUUCAAUCGCUUUUCAUAUGGAGAAAUUUCUGGCUUGACAUAGGUAUUGAAAAUUAUGUCUUUCCUUUUUCACUUUUUUGACUUAUUCUAGUGUUCGAUGUACACGACGAUGGGGAGUGUGGCUAUCAAUGGUUGUCGUCUAGACUCCAGGAAUACGGUGCGUGAGUAGAUAAUAUGAUGACAAAGUGUUCGACUGAGGGGAAGAAUAUCUGCUCAGCUAAGGCGUGAUUUUCGAUUUGUAGGAGGUGUGGUAGACUUCUGGGAAUCUAUGCAUGGUGUUUAUAAAAUAAUCAGACAAGCCUCCGUCAUGCGUAUCCGCUCCGCUCUCGCUAUAUUUUGAAUAAUGUGAAAGCACUGGAGCUUUGAUAUAACAAGUUAAAGUUAAUCAAUAUCAUUGACUUUACUAUUCCUGGUAGUCGAUAUAUAAAGUUAUAUACAUUGUAAUCAAUAAUGGUAAUAGGACCUAGUGAAGUCCGAUUCGGUCUGUAAUCAUACGAGUGAUUAACAAAAUUGGACGACCGCGAAGCGGGAGUCCAAUUUUUAUGCCCGAUUUGUUAAUCACGUUGGAUAAGUGGUUGUUGCUAUGGUUAUUUUGAUCAUUUCUGUGAUUAUUGGAGUAGCUGAGUGGACUUAGUAUGAUUGGCUGCUUCAGCUGUUCGAUUACAGCCAACUGUCCGAUCACACUGUCAGAUUGCAACUGUACAGAAUUGUUGGUGAAAAAUGAAGCAGCGAAUGUAUCAAUAAUAUUUGAGGAAUUUGUAAUGGUUAUGAUUAUGAUGGUGGUCAGUAACACAUAUAUGAAAUCCAACAUGUCCCAAAUAAAAUUCAUCCCAGAGCGUGCGCUGUUUUCUUGUGGAAAGUAAACCCGGAGGAAGAGAGAGCUCUAAUUAAAGUUGGAUUGAUAUAUCAGUCGGUACAUCAUCCUAGCCGCUGUCAUAUUUCCUCACAUUCAUACAUUUAGGGUGUUAAGCAACUUAAUCGAAAUGGAGGCUGACUCGAAAACUUAACAGUUAUUCAGCCUCCAGGCUCUUCACUAGUACUAUUUCUUUAGUAUUUUCUGAGUAUUUCCCUUAAUAAAUUUGUAACGUACAAGAGUGAGUAAUUAUAAACUGACAUACUAUGCUGAGUAUUAGUACCCGGGUUCAAGCCCUCCACCCUGUUAUCACUAGAUUUAUUCUCAGUUGUUUACCUCCUUGGCUGCGCUUUGUAUAUCGCUGACUGGUCUACAGCCUGCCAAUUACGGUUUUUCAGCGAAAUUUCGUAUUUCCAUUUAAAAUUUUAUUUCCAAUUUGUUUGUAUUUUAGGGUCUAGAUGAAAGUUGAUUAGUGUAAAUUGGAUUCACCCCAGUGAUAGAAAGUGUAAUGCUGUUAUUAUCAUUAUUAUUAGCAUUAUAACACUUGCCAAUGUUUGGUGCUAAUAAAGGUUUAUCAUUUAUAACUACCAGGUUACGAGGGACGAGCUUUGUACGGUUAUCAUUGUCCCGGACACCCGCUGACUAGUCUCGGGAUAUACCGCAACCAAGAAGGAAUGCUAUACGUGAAGUGAUUAUUGAACAGUCUACGAAAGCAACUUGGAAUUGUUUCACGAUCUACACUAGUUCCUUUUUUAAAUCUUUUAGCUGAGGUCAUUCGAUGUAAUCGCAUAUCCUUAACACACAGAAUUAUACAAGAUGGAAGUAUUACAUCCUCAUUUAAAAAGGACUAAUUAUGCAAAUAGCGAAAGCCGUAAAAGAAAAAAAACCUGGAA